AUGACGAGUUACAAAAAUGAAGUGAGUGAAAAAAUUCUCCUCACGGCUGAGGAGUAUGUUGCUACAGUAGAUAGGCAAGAAGGUGUUUAUCUACUUUCACUGUUUCCAAAAGCCAACUACGAUGUUUUUAUGCAAAUCGUUAGCUCGGUACUUUCGGAAUUAGUUGAACUGGAUAUUGGCUUUCCUGAACGCACUUGGCCUCUGCGUACUGGGAUAGGUCUAAAAUCUAUGCGUCCUGCCCAAAGCCCAUUGAAAUCGGAAUCGCAAGUUCCACUUCGUGGAAGGUCGAUAGAAAGAGGGUCACCGACUUCACCUGGAAAAGAGAAUGUUUCUCCUCUCCAGACUCCCCAGAAAAGGCCCUCGUCCAGAUCCCAACUUCUAAACAGGUCCUUCUUCAAGUCGCCUGCUCGUUCACCUUCCAAAAGACCUGAUCGUUCCCCUUGCAAAACUGCCCCACUGAAAGCUAGUUUAAAGCAUGUGUCUACGUUAUUCAUUUCGACUAAAACCCUACAAGCCCCAAAAGAGGAUGAUCUUCCACUCAAAAAUUUUGAUUUCAACAUCUGCUGUUCUGUUGCCGACUUCAUUUCUCGCUCAGAGAGACUUCAGGAAGUCGAGGGCAUAUUUCGUAAACCCGGUAGUACAACACGUAUUUCAGCUCUCUAUCUUCGACUAUAUGAUCACUUCGAAGCUGAGGCAACUAUGCCGCGUACUCUUGAAAAUCCUCAAGGCCCUCGUGAGUAUUCGGUGGAAGAAGCUAGGGUUUCCGUCGCCGAAAUGCUUGAAGAAGCUCCUCCUCAUGAUGUUACCGGGGUCCUUAUACGUUCUCUCGCUGCUCUUCAUUUUAAUGAAGGUCUUCUACAUCCUGAGGUUACUGAUUUGCUUUUGAAAUCCACGCACCUUCAAUACACCCUCAAAGACCAAUUGCUUAAUACGAGAGACGUAGACUCUGAUUGGUUACAUCGCCUUUGUCACGGUCGACAACUUCUUGCCUAUAGAAUAAUUAUCCAGUUCCUUCUUCCUAAACCUGAACGUACGGUCCUUCUUGGAAUUCUUUCUGCUCUCCACGAAAUUAGUCUCAAGUCUAAGGAAAAUUUAAUGACCUCCACAGCUCUUGCUCGCUGUCUUUCUAACACUCUUCUUGGAUCGCCAGAAGAGCCUGAACAAAUGAACCAGUACAUUGACACCCUCAUCAAUCUCAUUGAACUAUCUGAGGACUUGGAUAGUCUGCCGCAAUGUCUUUACCUGAGGAUUAAGGAAGUACUUAAUGCAGACACUGAUAUUUCUGGAAAUAUGAAACUCAUGAAACGCAAAAUUACUACUGACCUCGAGACCGUGAUGAAGAAACGAAGCUGGAUUACUACUGCACAUGUCUCUUUGCAGUCUGCGGCUCCCAAAUUUGCGAUACCACCGCCCGUAUUUCCGGAAACAAAUACCCCCUUGUCUACUCCGGUAAGAAGGGUUCAAACGCCGCUGGUGGCAAAUACGCUGAUCUCAAUUCCUACUUCGGGGUCAUUUCUGCGAGCUGAUGCCAAUUUGACAUUGCCAUGCCACAAAACCCGUGCCCGAAGUCCCUUCAGGCGUUGGCCAAAGAAGAAACGACAGUCAUCACCAUCUUCUCCCAAAGGGAAUUUCGUCAAAUCCAAGUCGGUCUCCAGACUCUUUAUGGACAAUGUCAAGACUGUAGGAUCAAAACUUGCUGGUCUGUAG